GUUUGAGAGCGAAGAAGGAAGCUCAAAACGCCGUAAUGGCGGAAGGCGAAAAGAGUUUGGUCUUUUUAGACAACGAAAAGGACCUCGAAGAAGGCGAAAUUGACGAUUUAGAAGAAGGAGAAAUAGACGAAGGCUUCGAGGGAAUAUCUGAGUACCGUUUCAGCGCGAGAGAAGAGAAAUCUAGCAGCGAAAACGACCUACUAACACGACAACACAAGCAGCCCAAAUCUGAAUGUCUCGCUAACACUAACCAAAGGAAUUCGUUUCGAAACACAAAAUACUCGCGGGAUCGGGAUGAAAGAAGAACAGAGACGCAUUCUUCGAGGAGCUACGUGAAGGCUGGCAGAAAUCGGGCUGGUUUUAAACAGAAUUUCGCUGGGAAAAAGCAAGAUGAAUCGUUGCGUGGUGAUACUAAGUACAGGACGCGUGACACAACUGCGUCAUGGCGGAAUGAAGAUCGUAUCCUUUUGAUCCUUCCUGCGAGUUGAGAUAAUUAAGCUGUGAAAGUGAAAAUGAAACUGGUAGUAUUAGUGGUAUGAGAAUGGGAUGCGCUUGUAUAUUAGGACGAAAUAUACAAGCCCCACAUGUUAGUAAUAAAACUGCCUUGUUCUUUGUUAAAUAUCGGGAUGAAUAAAACUGGAUCUAUUAAAAGAAUGAGGCAGUUUAAUAAUAUAAAAGGCCGAUUACAUGCAACCUGCUUACAACUUGAGUUGUACUGUGUAAAUCGAGCGUGCAACUCGCUUAUGUUGUCAUAUGUGUGUUGUGUGCUUGAUUUACAAAUUACAACUCAACUGUAAAUCAGCCUUACUGUAAUUUGGCACAAACUCUGUCUAAGGCCAGACAAUUUUACUUAUCAAGGGCAGAGUGCUGGAGCUCAAUGGGUUAAUCAGUCUAUCUGCCCAUGUCUCUAGCUAACCCAUUACAUACAUACAUACAUAUAUUAAAAUGUUAGGGUUUGGAAUCCAAGUGAUAAUAUAUACAUUUUAAGACCUAACCAGGAAUGACUGCGAAAAAUGCAGCACAAGGUCCUCUGGUAGGAAUUGAACCUACGGCCCUGCGAUUCCGGUGCAGCGCUCUAACCAACUGAGCUACAGAGGCCAGCUGUUGAGCUGUAACCGUAAGUUCAUGUAUAUAUAUAGGUAAUCGGGUGUGCGGGUUGUGAUAAGGUGGACUUCAUGACUUAGAUUCUUGCACUUCACUUGGUGGAAUUAAUAUUAGAAUGUUAGGGUUUGGAAUCCAAGUGAUAAUAUAUACAUUUUAAGACCUAACCAGGUGAAGAUUAAUUCCACCAAGUGAAGUGCAAGAAUCUAAAUCUAAUACAUACAUAUACAUACAUAAACUUUAUUUAUACUCGAAUUUGCGAGUAGCUUACAUAGCUAAUUUCUCCGAGUAACUAAGUAUAAUUAAUUAAUAUAUAAAUAAAUACUAAUACUAAAUAGAAGCUAUAUAUACAAAAAGAAUUUAAUGUGAAGGUUCAUAACGUAGAAUACGUCGUUUAAAGUCAAGAAAGUUGGUCAUUCUAUAACGGUCUGGAAGAGAAUUCCAUAAUUUAGCUGCCAAAUAGGAAAAGGAAUGUAAACCAUAGGUCGUUGUCUUCGAAUGAGGUAGCGAUAAGAUGUAGUUACCACGUAAACCAUAUGGUGUAUCCCAUAGUUUGAACAUAUUUCUAAUAUAUCCUGGAUAAUUAUUAGGAAUAUACAAACUUUUGUAUAAUAUGAUCAAACCCAUUGAGUUGCAUUGUACCCUGAUGUGCGCUACUUUAUUAUUUUACUCUGUCUAAUGCCAGACAAUAGGGACCUUUAGCAAAUAGGUGACGGCAACGUGACGACGAUGGCCAAAAAUCAAAAUAAACUCGUUCGAAUAAGUAACUUUAAGAUCAACAUGUCUUGUAUUAUCCGUUGUAUGAAUUUAUUUAUGAGGUUUAUAGUUGAGAAGACUUCUACUAAGCUAAUUUGGCGAGGACGACUUCUCGCGGCUUGAAAGGCAGACGUUGUGUACAGAACGUGAAAAUCAUUGGUUUGCUGUUGUAAACAGAGCAAGGACGAUGUCUAAAACUCCCAUGGGACCUUUAAUUAUGCAUUUUCUUUCUACACUGUCAUAAAUUUCAUUGUAUUAAUAGCCGUUCCUGUCCUGCUAGCUAAAGGUCCCUAAUUUUACACAAGGUGAGAGCGCUCAAGCUUAAAUAGGGAGUUCACAGUAAUUUUGAGCAAAAGAAUCUUGAUGAGAUUGAGUUUUUCCAACCCGAGUGAAUUGGUGUCCAUCCUAAAGUUCUGUAACUUUGUCCAUCGUAAAACAAAAUGUACCCUGGUCCUGGACUAGAGGCUCGCAUGUUCAAUGGAGAAUCAGAGUAAUGUUAAAUAUCUGAACAUCAUUGUAUACAUAUGUCCAACUCAAACUCAAAGUCAUGGGACGUUUUGUCAGACAGCCCUGUAAAAGAUAUUUUAAUUAAGGCCUGUUUGCUAAGUGUUAAUUAUAUUAUUUUCUUGACUAUUGUGAAGUUGAUUCCUAUUCUUCAAACUUUGACGACAACUAUCCCCACAGAACCCCUCGUCAACCCGCACCCCGCGAAGUCCCCUCCGACCUUAACAAGGACAUUGAUGAGCUAAACGAUGACGAUGCAGAUUUCAAACGUCUUCUUGAACAAUACAAACAUAUACAAGAGCAAUUAGAUGGACUGGAAUUUCGACCCAAAUAUCGUUCGUUAGUCGACGAUGUCAUUGAUGAUUCGUUUGUGGACGUGCCUUUAGAUGACGUUGGGAACUCUGAAAAACCGCAAGACAAUUUGGACGCUGAAAUACGGAAACUCGAAUUAGACUUUAAUCAGACGAACUCAAUCGAUACUGAAAUAAGCUCGGGGGAUCCAGUUCAAUUGGAUUACAUGAAAUACUUGCAAAGUAUUCCUACUAUUUCUCAAAGUAUACCGACAACUUAUGUAAACGAUGAGAAUAAUUACAAUACUUAUGGUCAAGAGCAACCGUUCUUUGGUAUCUUUGAACCGUUUCAAAUUAAACCUGUGCAGAAAAAAGUGCGUAGUUUAAGCGAACUUAAUCAAAUAGAUAUGGCCUCGAGAGGAUUAGUUGGUGAUCGCGAUGGCCAAGCUAAGGUCGCAAACGGUCGAAGUAAACCCAAGGGUAAAAACAAAGCAAGCCGAAGGCCUAAUAAGAGCAUACGACGGCGUAUGAAGCGGAAAGCAGCGUCGAAUGACCAGUCUGGUAGUAAGUUAUUGACGAGUGAUGCUCACAAAAAUAAUGGGUAAGAAAU